AUGCCGAAAUUUGGUGCCAAGCUCCUGGCGCUUGCCACGCUUGGGCAAUGCGUUUUGGCUGCAUUGAACUGCACCUCGUCAUCUACGACAGUCAAUUGGCUCGGAGAGAAGCCAACGUACAACAAAGGCGUGACAUUUGGUCUACCCUGGCCACAAGGGAAAUAUUGGCCUGAGCAUACCAAGUUCAGCAUCGUGGGCGAUGCUGGGAAUCCUGAAGAGUUGCAGUCAUGGGCGACCGGUCACUGGGCUGAUGGCUCGCUCAAAUGGACCGGCCAUGCCAUAGGGGAAUCAGACCAGAUUUAUGAUGAGUACAUUGUCACUGCAUUUUCGUCUGGCUGUAUCGACAAAUCUACAUCUGAGUCACUCGGCAAUAGCACCAGCUCCCUGGUUGUCACAGACCGGAGGAACUUGAUAACUGUCAAUACAGGCAAGAUUAGUGUUUCCUUUUUCAAGAAAGGAAGCAUUAUUGUCGAUGCCAUCAAGACAAAAGACGGGAAAACGACUGGCGAAAAUGGAAGACUUGUUCUUCAGUCUCAGAAUUGGGUGCCGGACGGGUCCGACAGCCGAGGCAAUGCGUCAAUUGAAUAUUUCAACUUUGACAGCGAUAUCCACAAUGUCACCGUGAACCAAAGCUCUGCCAGGGCACUAGUAACCGUCCAUGGCAAGCACAAAGUUACAGGUGGCGCCGACCACGAACCGUGGCUGCAAUUCGUUAUCCGAUUUUAUCUCUAUGCAAACUCCGACUCAGUUAAGGUGAUGCAUAGCAUCGUUUUCGAUGGGGGAGCCGAAAGUGAUUUUAUCACUGGGAUCGGAAUUCGAUUUGACAUUCCGUUGAAAGGCGAAGAGCAAUAUAACAGACACGUCAGAAUCGCUGGCGUAGACGGUGGUAUCUUCAACGAGGCUGUCCAGGGUAUUACCGGGCUACGCCGAGAUCCUGGUCAAGAGGUUAAGACGGCCCAGUACGAAGGCCGCCAACUGCCAGACACCAACACUUGGGAUACCCGGGUGACCACUCGUCUAAAGUGGAUUCCCACCUGGGGAGAUUACAGCCUCACCCAACUGACAGCGGAUGGAUUCAACUUCAAAAAGCGUACAAAGCCCGGCCAGUCAUGGGUCAAAAUUCCCAGUGGAACACGCUCAGAAGGUCUCGCCUAUCUCGGCGGUGCCACAAAGGGAGGCCUGGCCGUGGGACUACGCGACUUCUGGAAACGGUAUCCGUCAGGUCUAGAUAUUUCCAACGCUGCAUCUGAUUCAGGCGAAAUUACACUCUGGUUAUACAGCCCUGCAGCUGAGCCCUUGGAUCUCCGACCCUACCAUGACGGUCUGAAUGAGGAUGACUAUGUGGACCAACUGGAUGCCCUUGAAAUCACUUACGAGGACUGGGAAUCCGGCUUCAACACUCCCUAUGGAAUCGCACGAACUAGCGAGGUAUAUCUGUUUGCAUUCGACAAGACUCCGACGAGUGAGAAACUCGCGUCCCUCGCAGCGCACAUUCAAAAUCCUCCGGUGCUUGUAGCUGGACCGGAAUAUAUGCAUGAGACGCAAGCUGUUGGUGGGUACUGGGGCCUGCCUAGCACCAUGACAGAUACUGCAAAGGUCCUAGAGGAUCACCUCGGAUUUAUCCUUGACUUCUACCGAGGGCAGAUUGAGCAGCGUCGUUGGUAUGGAUUUUUAGACUAUGGCGACUUUAUGCAUACCUAUGACACUGACCGACACACCUGGCGGUACGAUAUCGGCGGUUACGCCUGGGACAACUCUGAGCUUUCUCCAGACCUUUUCUUUUGGAUAUAUUUCUUGCGCACAGGCAACGAAGAUGCAUACAGGUUCGCCGAGGCCCUGACACGACACACGGGGGAAGUAGAUGUGUACCACAUCGGCGACUGGAAAGGGCUCGGUACACGUCACGGCAUUCAACACUGGGGGGAUAGCGCUAAGCAAGCCCGCAUUUCCCAACCACUGUACCGGAAGUACUUCUACUACAUCUCGGGCGGAGACGAACGCAUUGGAGAAUUACUGGAAGAGUUGUUGGACACAGAUAAAACAUAUGGCAUUCUCGAUCCACAGAGGAAGGUACGAACAGAUGGCUGGACACCUAGCCCCAACUCUACGGUUGCGUUUAGUCUUGGGACAGAUUGGUCGAGUCUCGCUGCAGGGUGGUUGAUGGAAUGGGAACGGCGCGGCUCCAGAUGGGAAGAGGCCAAGACGAAGCUGAUCAACACACUCUCCGGAAUUGCGAACCUGACCAACGGUUUCGUGACCGGAUCGGGGCUAUAUGACCCUGUUACCUGGACUUUGGGACCUCCCCCUGCAGACCCAGACAACCUCGGCAACGUGUCUGUGUCACAUCUAUCUGCUGUCUUUGGGUUACCAGAAGUUGUGUCAGAAGCAAUCACUUAUCUAGGUGACGAUCUUCCGACAGGAUUCAAGGAUGCCUGGAUAGACUACUGCUACUACUAUCAUGCGCCAGCGGCAGAGCAAGUGGCCCGUUAUGGGGUCAAGUUUGGCAGUCUGAGCCUUUAUCAGGCACAUUCACGUCUAGCAGCGUAUGCAGCGUAUCAAACACAGAACACAAGCCUGGCGUUGCGCGCAUGGAAAGACUUUUAUUCCAGUGAUGGAUUUACGAUAAGCGCGCCGUGGAAUAUUACACAUGUAAAUGGAAGUUCGGUUCUGACAGCUGUCGACGAGGCAGCAUGGCUGGCGACCAAUGAUAUUGCGCAGUAUGGCCUGGCUGUCAUUCAGAACUUAGCGUAUGUCUCAAGUGCACUCGAGGACUAUGCAUUUUGA